AUGGGGUUAACAAGCAACACCGGUUUGCUGGCAAGUGUAACGCCUAAACAUCCACUGGAAAAGCAGAAGAACAACGUGGAGUUACGAUGCGAAGUGACCCCGGCACCUUUUAUGCUGCGGCCCUACGCUGGCUUGUACAACCCCUUCCACCACUCGUGCUCCGUGCUGUGCAACCAUCCUGCCGAUACCGAAGCCAAGGAGUUUGUCAAGCGUGUCAAGGACAGCUGGCUAUAUGAAGGAAAAGCACAUUAUAUUAACGAAGAUUUAUCAAAGUUUCAAGAUGGUGCAGAAAAAAAUAAAACACCUCACGAUAUCGUUACUGAGGACAUGUUUAGAAGGUACACGGAGACUGACUCCAGGCCCCAUACUCCCGCGCCCACUCUGGCCAGUGGUAAAUCCAGGGGCUCUCGGAGGUGCCUCACUCCCGACCAACCGCAUCAGAGGACGGCUAUCGUUCUGGACUUGCGAAGGAGUCACAGCCAGGAAACUCUUUACUACCAUGCCACGUCUGACAUGACGGCUGGCCAGACGACCAGUGCCACGAACGACAGGUCUACGCUACCCUCGUUGAAUCUAUCGGAGGGCGCACACAACCGCCUUGCUAAAGGCCAGUGCGAGCAGCUUCCACCUUUGGCGUCGCCCCUAGUUUUGAGCCAGAGAACGCAGCCGGUCAAGGACACUUUGACUGUUAGGGCGCCUAAGAAGACGCAACUGAAGGCGCUUAAUUUGGGCAAGGCGAUAAAAAAGAACAAUCAGAAUAAAACAGAGACGCCAGUUUCACAGCGAUCUAAGGCUGAAAAUGACGUAAAUGAUGAAGGAGAAUCGCUCAUGGUCAACGGUGAUGACGGAGGUGGCGAAGGUAGGAGACGCGGCAAACGACGCCGCAAGGGUCGACAAGGCAGCGACCGCCUCACCUCUGCUGGACUUGCGGCGCAAUCGCAGCAGGAUCCCGAGACACAGAUCGCCGGUAUCGGCACCGACUCCCACAACCCCAGCUCUCGUGGGUCCAUCGCAGUGGUCCCGGAUGAUGACGUCAUCACCCUACCGGUCAUCAAGGUAGCCGGCGGAGGCGCCAGGAAGACUGAUUCCUUCCUAGACGACGAGAUGCUGAAGUACCUGCACAGAGAAGUGGAUGAGGAGGCGAUUGAAACGGAGUUCGAUACUAAGAGGCGUUACGUAUUGGAGGAAGCUUUGCGCACCCGCCCCGAUAGGCCGCACGGGCGCGAAAUGCAAGCGCUACUUCGCGAACUGCAGGUGCCAGCCAUGAGCCUCGGCGACUGGCUGCAUACACCGCGCGUCUUCUCACGACAAAACGCACAGUUCUCGCUGCCUAUUGACACGGCUGCUUUACAGACUCUAACUCCGAUGAACUACGCAGCGAGGUUCGUAACGAUAAAGAAAUCGAAGCAGUUACUCUACCUGACAGUAUUGAGGAAGUUCAGGGAGCGAGGAUACCGAAUGCCUAUCAAGGACAUAGAAGAAGGUUUAAUGCUGAUGAUGGGUGGUAUCCUCAGCACGGCACAAGCAGAUCAGUUCAGGAGUACGAUGGAGUGGGAAGGUUACGUCGAAGAGGAGAGCAUACCGGACGACAUCAAGCUCACCUUACUCGACACUGGGUACAAGAAACCUAUAGGUGGCAACGGCGACAAUGGAGAAUCUUAUGAGAACACGUUGAAAUUCCGAACAUGGUGCGGUCUGUGCGCCAUUUGCGAAAGAAUGUACGGACGCUUCCCACCUCGAGAAAAGGAUCCGCCUGAUGGGAUCGAGCUGAGUGACUUCACCAUGGUAGAAACAAAGUUAAUUUUAUUAAAAGUACACAAAGGUCUAGUAGAAAUUUUGAACAAUAUAAGAGAAAGAUAA